UCUCUCUCACACACACACACACACACAUAUUCUCGACCCAUCUCUAGCGCUUUCCUCUCUCUUCUCUCCUGCCCCAUCCCUCCCCCUUCUUUCUCUCGCUCUCUUAAAUCUUCCGCGCCUUGUGAUUCAGUAGAUAUGGAGGCUGGAGGAGGAGGAAUAUCAACGGUGGCGACGUCGCCGCCACCGUUUCUGAGUAAGACUUACGACAUGGUGGAUGAUCCGGCGACGGAUGCGGUGGUAUCGUGGAGCAAGAACAGCAACAGCUUUGUUGUCUGGAACGUGCCGGAGUUCGCUAGAGACCUUUUGCCUAAGUAUUUCAAGCAUAACAAUUUCUCCAGCUUCGUUCGCCAGCUGAAUACUUACGGCUUCAGGAAAGUUGAUCCCGACUGUUGGGAGUUUGCUAAUGAGGGGUUUCUUAAAGGUCGCAAGCAUUUACUGAAGACCAUAAACAGGCGUAAAUCAUCCCACGCACAAGGCCAACAGCAAAACGUUCAAGUUCAGAACCCCCCUGUCCCGUCUUGCAUUGAGGUUGGCAAAUUUGGGAUGGAGGAAGAGGUUGAAAGGUUGAAGAGAGAUAAGAAUCUUCUCAUGCAAGAACUUGUUAGGUUGAGGCAACAGCAACAAACAACCAACAGUCAAUUGCAGACUGUUGGUCAGCGUGUUCAUGUAAUGGAGCAACGACAAACACAAAUGAUGUCCUUCCUCGCCAAAGCUAUGCAAAGCCCUGGCUUUGUAUCACAGAUGGUACAUCAGCAGAAUGAUAGUGGUAGACAUAUUUCUGGUGCUAACAAGAAAAGGAGGCUACCGAGUCAGGAUGAAGAAAGUUUAGCCCGCAAUUUGAGUAUUACAUUGCCCGAUGGACAGAUUGUCAAAUAUCAGCCUUUGAUGAAUGAAGCUGCAAAGGCAAUGCUGAGACAAAUCAUGAAAAUGGAUACGUCAAAUAGGUCCGAGUCUAAACUGAGCAAUCCUAAUGAUUUCUUGAUUGACAGUGCACAUUCUCCCUCGGAUUUAUUAGAUAGUAGUAGUUCAACCAGUAGAAUAUCAGAAGUGGCUCUUUCAGAGGUUUUACCCAAUACGUCCGCGUUGUCUGAGGUCCAAUCUUCCUCAUGUCUGACGCAUGCUAGUGCUCACAAUACCCUCUUUCCGGAGGCAAGCACGGGGGCACCUGAUUUCGUUCUCGCACAAGGAAUCAGUCCAGGAAUUAGCAUCGACCCUCCUUAUGAGCCAUUUAAGGGGUCCGAGCCUACAAAUUUCAGUUCUGUGGAUGCACUUCCUGGGUUUGUCGAUGCCCCUAUACCUCCACCGUCAGAUGAACCUUUGGAAGAUUACGAUGUUGACAUUUUGCUCGAUGAUAUUCAUAAGCUGGCAGGUAUGGGUGAUGAUAUUCAUAAGCUGCCUGGUAUAAGUGAUGAUAUCCAUAAGCUGCCGGGUGUAAGUGAUGAUAUUCCCAAGCUUCCGAGCAUAAAUGAUGUAUUCUGGGAACAGUUUCUUCCUGAGAGUCCCUCCCUUAUUGAGAAAACAGAUGAGAUAAAUGCUGUUGAUCUGGGACAUGAAAUGAGCACGGAUCAGUUGACCGAACUAGAAAGUGAAUGGGACAGGCUGAAGAGUUUGAAUAAUCUUACCGAACAGAUGGGGCUUCUCACAUCAUCUGCGAAGAUCGGUUAACGAAGCAUCUGUCCACAGAAACCACCCUUUUCAGAGUUGGAUCCAUCAUUUUUUAUGGAAAAUGGAUACACUGACGGUUACGGUGGAUCCAUUGUCACUUCGUGGACAAUCAUAGGUAAAUGGUUGACUCCCACUUAUACGUGAUUCGACACUUUCAUGUGGAAUUGACAUGGGAUUCAUAUCGAUCCAACCCCCCACCCCCUCGAACCGGACGUCCACAGAUGACAAUCCAUUUGCUCCCCUUGGGCCCACAUCUUCAGUGGCACCCCUCUGGUCACACCUUUAGGUAGCCCUUGUCUGUUGGUCGUCUGGUUGGACCAAAUUGAUAAGCAUAAGAUCCCCAACUUAACCCAAAACCAUCGUUAAAGGUAAAAGCCGACUCCUACUUAUGCUACUAUACACAUUUUCAUGUGGGACUGGUGUGGGAUUCAUAUCAAUCCAUCCCUCUUUCGAACCAGACGGCAAUCCAUUUACUGCCCAUUGGGCCUACAUCUUCAGUAACACCCAUUUGGUCACACCUUCGGGUAGCCCUGUAGGUUGUCCGGAUCCAACAGGUCAGACCAAAUUGAUAAGCAUGUGUCCUAACUUAACCCAAAACCAUGAUAAACGAUAACGUGUCGACUCCCACUUAUAUGCUAUUCCACAUUUUCACUUGAAACCGUUUGAGAUUUGUAGAAUUUUGUAAAAUAGGAUGUGGAAAAUUGAAGAUUUUGCCUUU